UGUCGAUUGCUGCUGCUGCUGCUGCUGCCUGUAGACCUUGAGCUCAUUUCCCAAGACGCAGUCAGCAUUUUAACCCGAUACAUUCUCACGCGCGGAUAUAAAACGGACCCGGCCCUGCCAACCCACGGCCAGUGGGCAGCGAACGGUGACUAGCGGUGACGAAUAUCUGCGCCAUGCAAACGCUGCUCGUAUCGAUUUCCCUGUUUGUGAUGGCGCACGGUGCGUACGUGGUGCGGACGUUUGCCGACGCCACCGCGUACCGGGACGAGUGCGUGCAGCAGUACGCCGGGCGGGGCAGCUCGCUGAUCGACUACAUGCGCCAGGUGGCGCUGCACACGGACGACGCGGACAGCCGGUGGUGCAUCGUGCGCUGCAUCCUGCAGAAGGCGGACCUGCUGGACGGCGAGGGCGCACCGCACGAGGCGAACGUGCACGCGCAGAUGCAGCACAGCAACGCGAUCGUGGAGGACCCGGACGACAUCCGCAGCGAGACGAGCCGGUGUCUGCGUGAGCCGCCCGCGUCCGACAGCGGCGGCGGGUGCCUGCGGGCGUACACGUUCUUCGCCUGCAUCCAGAGCACCGAGUACGACUUAUUUUGACGACCCGGGUCCGGCCGGUCCCAAAACAUGUUUGCUCCAGCGCUACCGACCAGUUUCGGUGUCGCAUGUAGUUUAGCCUUAAGUGUCUUCAAUAAACACCGUAAGCCCCAAACGCAAAAGAAUGGUGGCGAAAGCGAA